CUCGAUUAUUUUAUUCAUUGCAAUUCAACUGAACAUUUCGCACUACAGUGUUGGCUAUAAGUAUUUUUUAAUUUUGACGAAAUCUAUUGUACUCUGAUGAUGGUGCUGUUUCUUCUUUCUUUCGUUGCGUUUUUGGCACAUACGAAUGCAAACCCUAUCGAUUCAAAUAAAUGGGUCUUCGUGCCAACACGCAAUGGAUUAAUUACGCGUGUUAAUUUAGCAGAAGCUAUGGCACAAGUUGAGCCAUACUUUUCAGUCGAACAAGAUGUUACAUUUGAAUUGUACACUUUGAAAAAUAAAAUCACACCGCAAAUCCUUUUGAUGGAUAACGUUACUUCGAUCACUGCAUCGAAUUUCAAUAGAAAUGUGCCCACACGCAUUUAUGUUCACGGAUUUCUCGAAUAUGGAGGAAACAUGAAAAAAAUCUUCAAUGACGCAUUCUUAUCGAAAGCUAAAGUCGAUGUAAAUUUGAUUUACGUAAACUGGGAAAAAUCGUCACAAACGAUCAAUUACAUUGCAGCUCGUAACCGUGUAGAAUCGAUUGGUGCUCAUGUUGCUGCCAUGAUCGAUUACAUGGCUUACCAUGAUCUCGUCUCCAUAAAUGACAUAAGUUUAAUUGGCUUCUCAUUGGGUGCUCAUAUUGCUGGAAUUGCUGGAAAGCAUGUGCAAACCGGAAAAUUGCCAAAAAUCAUCGGUUUAGAUCCAGCUGGCCCACUGUUCUCCUUGAAUAAGCCCAAUGAACGAUUGGAUCGUCUCGAUGCAAAAUAUGUUGAAAUCAUUCACACCAACGGGGCAUUCUUGGGAAUGCAUUAUCCAAUCGGAACGGUUAGCUUCUACCCAAAUCAUGGUUUAAAACAAACGGGAUGCUUGUGGGAUCCAACUGGUACAUGCUCACACUUACGUGCAUUUAAAUAUUUCGCCGAAAGUAUUUACUCGACCGUCUCAUUCUACGCCUAUCCAUGCGCAUCAUUCGAGGAUAUGAAGAAGGGAAAUUGUAAAGGCGUUGGAUUGCGCAUGGGUGGAGAGCCAGGCAAUUACAAUGCUGAGGCCAGCAUUUACUACUUGACUACAAAUUCGAAGUCAAUUUUUGCCCGCGGUGGAUCGCGUGAUAUGUAAAUGGCUAGCAAAAUUUGGAAAAAUGAUUCACAACACAAUUUUGUUAGCUUGAAUCCAAUUCCAUAUUUUUUUUUUGCUCAUUUUGAAAAAAUUAAAAUUUCACUGGAACAUUCUUAGAGCAAAAUUGAACAUGUGUAUUUUUUUCAUAAAAAAAUAUUAUAUAAUAUAAGCAGGGCCCUAAAUAUAAGUAAUUUAUGAUGAAUAAAUAUUUUUCUACAUUCAAGUAUUAAAAGAAAGAAAGAAAUAAAUAAUAAAUCAAUAAGAAAA